AUGGCCGCCAAUUCCGAGUUAUUCCAGCACCUGAACUUCCUGCUAGUUGUCACAAAUGCUGAAGGACUAGAAGCGGCGAACAUUACAGCGCAGCUCCUGCGAUCUAACGGUUGUAAUCGAUGCGAACUCCAUGAGCAAUACCUAGAGCACGACCUUCCGAACGGCGAAGCCCUGCGAAACUGGUUUGUAAGAAAAUUUGGUCAGGAUCAGAUGAUAAACUUUAUCAUCAGUGAAGACAGCAACUUUCCAUUUUACGAAAUCGCAGCAUUCGAUUUUCUGAUUCCCGUGGUCACGUCAGAAUGGGUCUCUACCUGUCUUUCCACUAAUAGACAUCAUCGGACUUCAGGAUUCUCCCCAGACGAGCGCCACAUCUUCAAAGACUUGCAGAUUUACGUUUCAAGGCAUGCGUUUAACCACUCGGAGUAUCUCUUCUACACCGAAAUGGUCCAUGCGAUGGGCGGGACAUGCAUGGAUUUCCUAUCCAGCAAAACAACUCAUCUUGUGACUCAGGAUGCUGAUGAUCCCGCUGUGAAAGCAGUUUUGGGUUUUGGUAAAGCGAACUGUGUCAACUUCGUGUUUCCUACGUGGAUAGUAAAAAGCUUCAAAGCACUUGAUGUUGCCAAACUGGAAGACCAUUUACUUGAUCCGGAGGCCUCAUCUGAAAUAUCUGCUGAAAAGCUACAAGACCUCUGGGACGGCUUGGAUGACAUGGGAUUCAGGAAGACGUCAACAAUAUUGGAGGGUCAUGGCUUUGUCAUUGGUUUGGAUGUUUCGCUCAACAGAAAUCUCUAUGCUACAUUAGUUGAAUUUUUGCAAGCCAAUGGCGGCACAGUGAUACGUCAUAUUGACGAAGAUGAUAUUAAGCAGUCGAAUGCCGAUUGCUACAUCGGUAAUUCAGUCAUGUCAAAGGAAUACGAGGUUGCAAGAGAUUCCGGACUGGAACUUGGUAAUCUAAUAUGGAUUUUUUUCCUGUGGUCAUAUAACCAGUUCAUCUCUUCGAAAACAAAACUCAUUUUUGCACCGUUUAAGAAGAAACUGUUCGAUGUAAAUGAACUGAUCCUAUCGUAUUCCAACUAUUACGGACAGCAGAGGUUUUAUAUCCAGCGCCUGGCAGAAUUACUUGGCGGCUAUAGCACUGGGGAACUGUCACGGAAAAAUACGCAUCUUGUGUCGCAGUUUCCGUGGGGCAAGAAGUUCGAAACCGCUAAGAAAUGGCAGACCUGCACAGUCGUGAACCACCUGUGGUUGGAGACUAUAUACAAAAGCGGGAAGGUACUAGACCCACUUGAGUCUCAAUUUCAACAGUUCCCUGUUGCGGGUGGGUUACAGCAUGUAAUAGGCCAGAUUGGCCCGAAUGAAAUGCUUCCUCAACAUAGAGAUGUAACGCGACCUGAAGAGAUCACCAUAAUGCCAGCAGAUUCGCCGCAAAAGGAGGACGUAAAACAGCCUAGUAAUGGCUCAAAAAAGGCAGGAACAGAACCUCCGCAUAUUGCAGCUGAGGAUAGAACGUCAUCUCAACUGGCCACUGCAGUAACUAUCGAUAGAUGUGAAGCAACUGCUAUAGGGGAAGUGAAAGUAGUUCAUAAAAACGUCGUUGCCGCUGAAACUGCAAAUGUCAUUUUAGGGCCGGCGAUCGUUGAGAAUGAAGCUGAAGCCUUGCUACAGAAUGACGCAGGCCGGUCAGUAGACCACUUGGAAGAUCAAGCAACUCAGGAUCCAUGCGCUCCAGAAAUUGAAAACGAUGUACUUACAGAAGGUUUGAGUGCUCCUAAGCCGCCAUAUGAAGAGCUUAAAGAACCGACCGCUGAGUCACAGCUUUGGGGAGCUGAGAGCAAUGAGGUACCAUCAGAUGCAAUGACAGAAAAGACUGCUACGCCUCAGCCUUCUGAGAUUUUGAGCCAACCGGAUAGAGGACGCCUCGGUACUCCAACGUCUCAUGAAAAUAUCUCACGGUCGGGAACACCAUUUGAGUCCUCGAUGCCGAGCCAAACGCUACACUCAAGUGGUGGGAGGCGUGCGGCCAAAGCGAAAGCUGCACGAAAGCUACAUAGUGACAUCGAAUUACUGAACGAGUUCCAGCGAAAUUCCAAGAGAAAAAGAACAGGAGAUCUGCUGCCGGAGGAGAUUGCCCAGCUAGAAAGGCGCAAAUUAUUAGAACAAAAGGCAAGCGAGAUUUUGCGAACGAUUUACGCUGCAGACGAGUCCAAAAGUAGCGAAGAAGUGAACCGCCGCCGGAGGUCGGUCUACAACAUGGACGCCAUAUGCACAGGUUGUCACGACGAUAUUGGAGAAUUGGAUAAAAUACUGCUGGAAAGGGUGGGAAUUAGAGUUCAUGAAGAAAUCACAAAAGAAAACCUCUCACUCCUUAAUACGAUCAUAGCGCCGAAAAGGAUGCGAACCGCUAAAUUUCUGAAAAGCUUUAGUUUUCAUCCAUUGAGAUACGCAUUGAAGCCAGAAUUUUUAACCGAUCUCCUGCAACUUAUCCACCGCACGCAACCCUUGGACUGCCUCUCCUUAAAUUUGACAACUUACGCGAUUCCUGAAGUGGACACGCAACUUCUACUCCAGAUGACAAGUCUUCCUACCAAGGUCUUCGAAAGAGCUGGAUUAUCGAGCGUUAAUUUGGUGAAUGACAUUCCAGGAGGCGUGGAAGUGAUAACGUCGAUUCUCAAAGCACAUGGGAUAAAAGAAGUAAGAGUUGUACCGACAUCGCGGAUGAAUCAGCUUACGAUUAACGAUUUAGUGAUAAACGAUACCCCAGACGCAGAAGUAUGUGCUGAGCAGAUAGUUCCCGAUUGCGUUAUGAUAGCGAUAAAGUCAUCGCAGGUGAAGCAUUUCAAGAGGGUUGUUAAAAAUCACUGCACAUCAGCCAUGGCAGUGGAGUGGAACUGGUGUAUUUCCAGCAUAUUCAAGCUCGAUGCGGAAUAUUCUGAUAGAAGCAACAUAAUCUUCCAGCAGGGACAAAGUAACGGUAAACGUUCAUCCAAAUGA